GCCAAUUGUAGCCUUGCUUCGAACAUAACAUAGUUCUUCUUAGCACAAUAAUUAUUUUUCCAAUUCUAUUAAUGGUCUUAACGCAUUCUAAUUGUCCACUGCAAGUUUUUGCAAUAUGGUAUCUCUUACCUCGAAACCCUCCAUACCUAUCACCACCGGUAGCAAACCACUUUUAAAGACUACCAUGUCAGGCACGAUAAGAAAAGCUCAAGAUGCAGAUCUGGACGACGAUUUAGAGGUGCCAAAUCCAAAACGAGCGAGGGUGUCUUUCAAUCCCAAGGUCGAGGAAAAGGUUUUAGAGGAAUAUGUCGCAAAGGGUAGAAGUUUAGAAAGUAUCAGAGUGGAGGUCAAACGCGCAAUAGAAGCACAUAGCAUAGGCGACAGCGAAAAGUACGAUAGCAUUAAAGAAGUAUUUGCGCAGACUGAGGGUGACGAGAGAGAGGAUACGGGUGCAAAUGAUGAGGCGAAAACAUAUCUGCUAGCACUUACUGGCUAUGCAUCACUAUUGAAUAAGGAUUGCAACGGGCUAGUCAAGGCCAUAUUGAAAUGCGACUGGAUGGGCAGAGAAGAGGCAUUCGUCAAGGCGUAUGCUCAGUUUUUAGGAAACUUAGUUAGUGCACAGGGGGCGUACGUUGGGCUGGUGCUUGGAACGCUUGUUGAUAACUUCACUGGAGUACGAGUAUCGAGUGGGCGUCUUCCUGGCUGCCCAGAUGUUAAUCGCGAUACGCUUUCUUCGAGAGUUCAUUUUGCACUGAGAUACCUUCUUCGAUUGAUCCCCUCCGCCAGCGCUACACUCUCACCCAUCCUUUCAACCAAGUUUCCCUUCGCCGAUGAAUCAAAGAGAGUACAUGUCACAUAUAUCAACAAUCUCGUUCGUGUUCUGGAGUAUGCUCCCGAAUUGAAGUCGGAUGUUUUCGCUCUCAUCACGGAUAGACUGGUCAAAAUCGAUGUACAAAUGCAGGUCGACUUGGACGACGUUGACGAUGAGGUUGCAGGUGCUAUUGUUCAAGGUCUCGCCAUGAAUCCUUCUGAUCAGGAAGAAGACGACGAUGAUGACGCAGAUGAUUCCGACGACAGCGACGCGGAAUCGAUUAAUAGCGAUGAUGAAAGUGGAGAUCAAGCAAAACGAGCCAAAGAAAUCCAAGACAGUGUUGAGAAAAUGGAUGCAAUACUGGACCGCUUAUUUGCUAUCUAUGAUCCUUAUUUCACAGACCCAAAUAGUAUAGAAGCCGCAAAUAUGUUUGAGACUUUACUAGGACAUUUCGCCAAUAUCAUUCUACCCACAUACAGAUCUAGACACACACAAUUCCUCCUCUUCCACUUUGCACAAAAGUCUGAUCAUCUUAUCGAUCAAUUCGCCGGAACUUGCGUGCAACUAGCUUUCCAAAUAGGCAGACCCGCUGUCCUUCGACAAUCUUCCGCGGCCUAUCUCGCUAGCUUUGUGGCGCGAGGCGCACAUGUUGAGCCUCAAGUGGUUAGGACCGUUUUCGAGCUCAUCGGGAGCAAUCUGGAUCACAUUCGAAUGGAAAAUGAACUCACUUGUCGUGGACCCGAUCUAAAGAAAUACGGCACUUUUUAUGCUAUGACACAAGCUCUACUUUAUAUCUUUUGCUUCCGCUGGCGAGAUCUUAUAGAUUCUUCCGAGGUAUUUGAUGACGAGGACCCUACAGCAUUCAUUGGCCAAGAUCUUGUCUGGACACCAGGCAUAAAAGAGACGCUCUCUCGCGCUAUUUACUCCAAACUUAAUCCUCUUAAGAUCUGUUCCCCGCCCAUUGUCUCCGAAUUCGCUAAAAUCGCACAUCAUCUACGAUUUAUAUACGUAUAUCCUUUGCUAGAGACCAACAAACGCAUUCGUUUAAGUCAGUUCUCGAGUGCGGCUGGGAAUGGAGCAUUGCGAGACUCGGGUAAUGGUGCAAGCAAUGACAGCUGGCACCAAUUGGAUGCUUACUUUCCUUUUGAUCCAUAUCAACUACCUGUGUCAAAGAAGUGGAUCGAGGAUGACUAUGUGCAAUGGCAAGGCAUUCCAGGACUAAAUAAAGAAGAAAGUGAUGACGAUAGCAGUGGGGAUGAGGAGGAGGAUGAGGAUGAUGAGAAUGCGCUUGAAGACGAUGAUACGGCAACCGACGAAGAAGCGGAAGAUUAAGGUUUCAUUAUGGAGUUUGAUGCAAUGCCACUUUUCGAAACAAGGAGUUUUGACGACAUAUAUACUAUUCGGAGUUUCAUCGUAAGGGGAUUAUCGGGUAGACGCAUGAGUCUUUCAGCGAAGGUGCCGGGCAAAACAGACAAGCGGGCGUUGUAUGGUUGGGUUGGGAAAAGUCUGGCGUCGGCAUUGUUGGCGUUCAUUUUUUAUUUUGGGGGGAUAUUCCUACAUAAACGGAUUGAUAUAUGGGAUCAAAAAAGGAUGGUAGGCCCCGGCGAUUAUGUGUGGGGGUUAGUCAAUGGUGUACGACGAAGUUACAAUUGUAGACCUGCUUGCCGUUCGAUAUUUUCUCAGUUUUAGCGAUCUUGUACAUAGAGCUAGCUGUUGCCAGCAGCUCAUGAACCAGCAGAUACCUACGUUAGGCUGGGCUAUUAAGUUUCUCUGUGAGAAAUAGAACGCGCAGAGAGAGCAUCUACAAAUGAAAGAACCUUACA